UAACUGUGUGUAACCUUCAAAUUCGAUUAUUACAAAAAUGGCAGCGCCCAUGGACAAGGACAGUAUACCUGUCUCCGAAGAGAAAACGGCUGUCGUGUUAAAAGACGAUAGAAAUUGGACACACUACCUUCUAGGACUCACAUUGGCCUUUGGUGUCACAGCCGGACUUGCUAACUACAGGACCAUAAAGAAAGAAAGCAGACAUUUGGACGAAGCUGUUUCAAAUCCUCAUUUAGAAAGAGUACAUUAUCAACGGCUGACAGCAAGAGCUUUAGGGAUUGCCACAAUCAUUACAGUUCCAACAUUCGGAUUAUUAGUUCUUGGUGUUUAUAAACUGCUUGGAGUGUCUAAUAUUCGAGAAUUUGAUGCCAAGAUGCGUGAAUAUUUUCCAAAGAAGCCAUCAGUUGGUCGGACAGAAUUCAAGGAUUUGCAGGACCUUGCAGACUACCUUGUGAGUGAGGACAGGAAGGCAGAGAUGACGAAAUUGAACAAACAACUAGCAGACGAGACUGAGGGAUUCACUGACUCUUCGUGCGAACACUCCUGAUGAAUUAUUUUAUUCUGUAUUAUAGUUGAGUACAAUGUGCUUGAAAUUCGCAGUUUCUUUUGCUAUAAUCAUGGAUGCACGGCCAUCUUUUAUCCAUAUGCAGGAGAGGAAUUCAGUAACUUACAUGUACAAAUGAACAAUGGAGAAAUGUACUCACCUGGUCAGACCAGGGUUUGAUGACUAAGGUCUCCCAACAGCAUCGUUUACUCCGCAUGGUGAGAUGGCAAGUCAAAUUUGACCUCUUUGCCACCUUGUUGUGAGAGGACUAUAUGGUAACAAAUAUCGCCAUGCUGUCCAGGUUUGAAGAAAAUGAUCAACAUAUAUACCUACCUCAUGAGAUUUGUUGACCUUUUUGUCGUUCUAGCAUGUUUAUUGGUCGUUCUAGCAUGUUGGGUGUUGGCAAUAUUCUUCAGAUAUCACCUAUUUACACUCGCCUCAAAAAAAGAAUGAACAGUUACAAUAUCCUCUGCUGAUUGGUUGGUAAAUCUGUCCCUUUUAAUGGAAAGAUGGGGUUUCAGAUACUAAAUAGUUAUUAUGGUUUGCUUAAGCUAUUUUAAAGAAGAAAACAUUUAGUUACCCCCCUCCCCCC